UGCGGUUCGUAGCGACUGGAUCACCCAUCGUGAAAUGCCGCAAACACACCAUGUUGAGAACUACAUGGAUUGCAAUUCUACUUGGGUUUUGGUCAUCUCUGUACUUGGUGGACACAUUUAUCAAGUCGAGUAAGAGGUGCGGUCAGCAGUACGUUGAGGCACAGGAACGCUAUGGUAUACAAGUCUCUAUCGGGCAGGUACGAUGGUACACAACAUGCUUCAACCGCCUCUUUCUACGCCUUGGGCAGUGGAAGCCAAGAUUGAUACAGAUGUGGUUCAGAAUGGGUGCGUUUGUGGGCGUCUUGAUGAUGUUUGCAUCGGUGGGAUUAUUAGUAUCAACUCUGGUCGAGGCGUCGUCCAAAGAAUCACCAGAACAGGUUUUGACUCCAGUGAUGCCUGGUGUCAACCUGCCUCUCAGACAGAUCACCUACUUCUUCUCUGUGUUACUCAUCAGUGCAGUGUGGCAUGAGCUUGGUCAUGCUAUAGCGGCUGUCAGGGAACAAGUUCGAGUCAAUGGCUUUGGUAUGUUCAUCAUGGCCAUCUAUCCAGGAGCGUUUGUUGAUCUCCACUCGGACCACCUGCAAGCCAUCUCACCAGCCAGACAACUGCGUAUCUACUGUGCCGGUAUCUGGCACAACCUGGUCCUCGUUGCGUUAGGAAUCUUUGUGUUUUAUGCACUACCUUAUCUACUCAGUCCUCUCUACAUAACGGGGGCUGGAGUGAUUAUCACAGACGUCCUCAAGUACUCUCCUGUAUCAGGUCAUCGAGGAUUAUCAGCUGGUAGCCAUGUCACUAGUAUUAACGGAUGUCCUGUGUAUGACACCAGUGAUUGGAGUAAAUGCCUAGGAUCAGCUGUCUUCUACCCUCAACCUGGCUUCUGUAUGCAGCUCGGUAAAGUACAACAGUACAGCAAAGACGUACCGUUAUACAGAGGCUAUGGAGGACAGAUAGAAUGCUGUCGUAAUGACAGCGUCUCAGAGCUUUGCUUCUUCUAUGAGAUGGGAUCAGAGGUCGGGGCACCACAAAAGCAUUAUGCCUGCUUAGAGGCCAGGCCUCUUACCGAUCUACCUCGAUGUUUUAAGGGCAGUGAUUGCGUCCAGACGCGUAAGACGGCGUGCCUUCAACCAUCUCUAGAUAACUCCAGUAGACUACUCAGGGUGUAUCUGACCACAGGGAAACCGGUGCUUUACGUCGGAGACACUUACCUCUUUGGAUAUUCAUUGAGUGUGACAAACUACAUUCCACGCUACAGAUUCUUACCGCUUUCUCUUCCAGAUGUUAUAGAAUUAUUCUGCAAGUAUUUAAUUUCCUUCUCUGGAGCUCUUGCCAUCUUGAACGCCAUCCCGUGCUACGCCCUGGACGGUCAGUACAUCUUGAAAGCCUUCAUGGAACACACACUGGCCUCUCGGAUAUCCAGCACGUCUGAUCGCAACCUCAUCUACAGCCUCAUUCUCCUCUUCGGAACGUUACUCCUAGGAGCGAAUCUUGUGCUGGCGUUGUUCGCUCUUGUAUUCAGGUAGCAGUAGGUUUUACACAGUUCUAUUUAUUUUUUUAAAUAAUUAUUUUCUCCUUUUUUUUUAUUUCCUUGUUCUUCUUUUUUAUAGAGAUAUAUUUUAUAUAUUUGUGACUAGCCAUCACAAGUUCAGUCAUUCCGAUAAAAAAAGUGCUGCAAUUUUUUUCUUAUUUUUAAAAUGAGGAUGUGAAAAUGAAUGAUCUGGUUUUAAAUAUUUUGAUGUGCAUUUUAACCUACAUGUAGGUCUUGACCAAGGGGACUCGGAUGGAAUAGAGAAAUAUUUGUAGUGGUUAAACGUUGCACUAAAUUAUUACAAAUUUUGGGGUCAAUUUUAUGUGUGAUAAAAUAUGCGGCCGCGAACAAUUUCCUUUGUGUAGCAGAGCAAAAUGCUACACAAAAUUAAUCGGUUGCUACUCAAUUAUCACCAUUUGCAACUCAAUAUUGGCAUUCAGUGUGCUCAAAACUUUUCAGUCUUUUGUUCUGCUACACAAAACUGCUGGACGAAAUCCUGUGCGUCAUACAUGUAUUUAGUAAUAUAGUUGGUAACGCGGAAAUUACUUGUGAAUUGAUUAGGGAUUACACAGUAACCCCUAGAGAAAGGGAGAUUUUGAGCAUAAUUUCCAGUACCCUCUGUUCCUCUUUGCUAUGGGGGGGACUGAGCGUGGUAGAUGCAUGCUGUUCACGCAACACACUGGAAUGUGCACCGGUCAACUGACCCCUAAAAAAAAGGACGCUUCAAAGUUGUUCUGGUCAUUUUUUAAACAUCCACCGUAAGCUCGCUUUGGAAACAUGAAUUGAUUAAUAGAUUUGGGGUUGAACAAAGAAAAAACUACUAGAGUGGGACUCGAACAAACCACCUCCGGAUUAACGUGUCAGAUUAGUGUUUAAUAAAUUUGUACAUGUGACUGUGUGAUGGCUGCCCACAUUUGUGCCUUAGUAGGGAAACAUAAAACACUUCGGGCAAGUUUUUAGAUGGUGCUUGGCUAUAACUUUUGAGGUUCUAAAAACCUCUUUUUAUCCUGAUUUUGUUCUGUCUGUAAUUGGAAUUCAAUGUACAUUGCAAAAAUGGUGGAACUUUUUUCGCAGUAUAUUUGGCCUUUUUGUAAGGGUCCGAUAUGCAAAUGAAUGCAUUAUAGCAGUCACAUUAGACAUGUUAGAAGGUGCUGGCAUAUUUUGCAUGUGAUCUACAUUGCACCCAUUGUACUUUUUUUGUAAACAAUGUUUAGAAAAUUACUUACUAUCGGGGUGCAGGCCUGAUACUUCAUGGGGCAAUAGAGCCAAUUGCCCUCAUGCCCCUUGGUCAUCGCCUUGGCGCCCAUUUGAAAAUUUCCAGUAGAAAUUAAAUACACAGAGGCCACAGAAGCAUAUUCUCUGUGGCCCAUGCUCUUCGCCUUGACGCCCCUUCAAAAGUUUCUCAUAGACUUUAUUAAGAUUUUCCGAUGGAAGUGCCCAAUGUAAUUUGAUAAUGGCCUUGCCCUCUCUAAGAAACAAUUUCAGCCAAGGUGCCCAUUUUUUAGAGGAAAAAUGCCUUGCCCUUAUACAAGAAUGAAGUAUCAGGUCCAAAUAUAAUUUUUUUUUCUAAUGUAAUUUGCAGGUUUUAAAUAUAC